CCGUCAAUGAUAUGAGACCUUUCUGUCGCGGCGCCAGCACCCAAUCCCACCAAAGCUUGCUAGGUUGGCGCCGCGAUCGCCUCAAGUCACGCAUCCAAAAUAUUAUCCGCUUCAGCACACCUCCAUGAAGAUUUGUCAUUCCUGGCCAAGUCACCACUAUUGCAAUACGGCCCUGUGGCUCUUCUGCCCGUCGACAAAUCCGAUUCCAGUAAGACUCGCCUCGUUUCUACCGGAUCCAUGGUUCGCUCAUGUAACCCCGGAGGCCAACAUCCUGUUUGCUUCCGAGUCUAUCGUCGACAUACUGGGCUAUCGUCCGGAAGAGGUUACGGGCAAAUCAUGCUUCGAUUACUUCCAUCCUGAGGAGGUACCCUUUGCUCACGAGGUUCAUGACCGCAGCGUACAGCUGGACAAAGCUGCUGUCCUUCACUAUCUCAGAAUUAAAAACCGAGAUGGACAGUGGGUUGCUUGCGAAUGUGUCUUCACCAUUGUUUAUGAUGUCUUGGUGGCGUGUACCAGCAUCUAUAGAGGAGAUGUUAAGAAUGAGCGUCGAGCCGCUGAAGCACCAGCUGUCCGCCGUCUUUUUGUAUGCUCUCCCCAGGACCCUCGAUAUCACAUGCUGGAACAUCUGUCCGCUGGAUUUAGGUCUCCUCCUCAACAAUCACUGCACGAACCCCGGGCGGCUCUCAUACUCAAUCGAUUUACUCGAACCUUGACUGUCUUGUACGCAACCAACGCCGUCUCCAACAUCCUCGGAGUUUCGGCAGAUCAGUUCACGAACAAGAGCUUCUAUGAGUGUAUCCAGGAGAACUGUCUAUCGGAUGCUAUCCGCUGUUUGGAAAGUGCGAAGGCUAAUGAUUCCAUUGCAUACCUUCGAUUUUGGUAUCGUGAUCCUCGUCGUCCCGAAGACCUGCAGGAAGACACAGUGAUGUGCGAAGCAAGUCAGAGCACUGAUUCUGAGGAUGGGGACAUAGAACUCCACGACCAACUGGAUGUUGAUUCCAAUACUGCCGGAGUGGGCAGCUCUUCCGGCCACACUCAAGAAGGAGCAUUUUCUAAUCGGAGUGAUGGAGAAGCCUUUGGAGAGGAGCAUGAUGGUCAUCUAAGAGCAACUUCGUCAGCAUCGCAGUCGAAAUAUCCCUUUACAUCGCCUGGAGGGAGUGCUGACCUAGAGCACGGUCGUGCUAAUGUGAUUCUUAAUCAGCCGCCAGGCUCACGGCCUUCCAUCGCGUCGAUCAUCCCCUCCUUGGAACAAGGCAGACGUGCAAGACUAGAACACGCUAUGGCAGAUAGACUAUCUCAAAUGGAACCAUUUGAGAUCGAGGCAGUUGUUUCUUGUACAUCCGAUGGGCUAGUAGUUGUACUGCGCCGUGCUCGGCCAAUGAUACCUCCCCCUCAGCUAUCCGUCACCGUCGUUCCACAGUUUGCCAAUGGACUAUUCACAGCCCCGUGGGAUGCAGAUCCUAUUCGAUCCCAAGUAUAUCAUCCGAGCCCACAGCUCUCUUUCAGUCACGAUCUCGAGGCUCUUGAACCCCCUGCAGAAGGACCUCCGCUAGACGAGUUUAUGGAUUCGAUACAAGAUGUGGCUGUAUUUGCCUGGUCAUUGGCUGGUAUCAACGGGAAAGCUGCAUCUUAUGGUCGAGGUAUUUCUAAAUGCGAAGCUCAGACUCUUGGAAAACUGCCAGUCUGGGAUCCUUAUGCGCAACCAAGGCAGAGACCACUUCCUCCAGAAGAUCAGGUCACUCAAAGACGUGGUCGAACAGACCAGAAGGUGACCACCGGGCCGGUUAACGACAACAAAAGUUCAUAUCAGCAUUCAGACCAGGAAGUAAAUCAUGACACUGGUACAAUUGGUUCUGACCAGUCUGGGUCAUAUCCUUCUGCUCCGUUGGCAAAUAAAGAUGGUUACGUCUGCUAGGAUACAGGACUGCUGGAACAGUCGUUACCACAACCCAUAAAUCCACGUUCAGAGCAAUUGUGGAGACUCUAUUCAUUAGGACCAAGUGAAGGUCUUCAGGGAAAAGCGUAUCUGCGAGACUGAGGAUCAUGUACAAGAUAAACGAUAUUGAUGCUUAGCUUUGGCGCAGGAUGGAACAUUUGAGAUGAUGAUGUUGAUGGAUGAUAGUUAUGAUUUAUGCUCCAAUCUAUUGAUAUCACUCUCAUGAUGUGGUGUAGCUCUCAUGAUGUCCACGAUAUCAAGAUUCAAUGAAUGAUUUUUGGC